AGCAAAGGGCCAGGGGGAUUUUAUUUUGUAAUUUAUUUUAAUCAUUAUUUAUUCGUUUGUCUGUUGACAUUAUAAUAAGGACUCCCCCCUUCGCUGUUUUGCUAUCUGGUGUGACUGUGGCGUGCAUGAACAUGUCUGUACAGUUGCGGCGAUCUCACUCAUUCGGUGCCUUAGUGUUUUAAUACUGUACAUUUCUUUGCACAUUUAUGUCUUGUUUGUGCAUAUCUGUGUAUAUCAGUGCAUUUGUGUGAGUUUCUAGAAAUGCCUUAGCCCUCAGUACAGGUGUAUGUAUAUGUGUGUCAACUACAUGUAGUUGUUAUCUUUCUUAGAAACUGUUAUUUUUGUUUCAACUCAUGAGUGACAAUAUAUGCAAGUGGGUUGGCACAUGGCAGUGUGAGAGUUGAUACCAGUGCCUUUUGAGUGUUGUCUGUCAGCCUAGUCCACCGACCAGUGAAAGUGUGGUAUGCAUUCAUGCAUAUGAAUACUUCAUCAUUUUUGUCAGUCAGUCAGUGAGUGUCCAAAAAAAUGGGACUGUGUGGGGAACAGUCAGCAGUUGAGUGAAUGUGAUCGCAUGUCUGUUAGCCUGGUCCAGUCAGUGUGUCUGCAAACCGGGCCUGACCCAUGACUGAGUACUAUGAGGAGGGGGGGUUGCUGUAUGAGCACUCGCCCCCUAUGCACAUUAAAGUGGAGUCUCCAGAAGGCCCCUUUGGGGGCGGCGUCUCCGAAGAUGGCUUCGCAAGAGAGGACGAGGACUCGGAGGGGAGCUGCGACCACAAUGGGGAGCUGCCUGGGACCCUCCCUUUCAACGUGGUGGUCGUGCACCCCAAUAUCGUGUCUCCGGGAAUGUCUGCAGAUGAUCUCAUGCCCCUUGAACAAAAUAGCAGUGUGUCUGCUGUAAUGGCAGCCGGGGGCGGGGGCAAACGAAAGAGCCGGUUCAGCGGGGCGGAGCUGGAGGUGCUGGUGUCGGAGGUGACUCGCUGCGAGGGUGAGCUCUUCGGCCCGGCAGGAAGGCUUCGGCGGCGGGAGAGGGAACGGAUUUGGGGCGGGAUCCUAGAGCGGGUCAACGCUGUGUCCCGUGUUCCCCGCACUCUCCGUGAAGUCAAGAAGCGCUGGGAUGACCUGAAAAGACGUAAUGGGGGCAGGCUGGCUGAUGCUCGACACCGCAGCUGCUACCUGCCUCCUGGCAGAGGGGCUUCCAUGCUGGGACGGUCUGUUCAGGCGAGCCCCAGGCCUCAGUCGGCCCGUCAAAGGCAAGGGAGCAGGGGGAAGACCAGUUACCCAUGCUUCUCUGAUGCUGAUGUGGUGGUAGCUGUGUCCGGUGAUGGGAUUGACAGAGAUGGAUUCGAGAAAGAUGAAGAUCACACGGGAAGAGGAGGGGAGGACAGAGAUGGGGAAGGUGAGGUAGGUGAGAACAACAUGGAAGACAAACUGGGAUUAGGUUUAGGACUGGGAUUGGGGCCGCCCCCGGCAUCGGAACGCUGGCUUCCCCCGUCCCCCCUUUACAGUGCCCCGUUCUUAAACGGAACGCCGCAGCCAAGCCCCCAGCCCUCCCUCGGCGCCCAGCACGGCCCUCUGGAGGUUCCGUUACGCAGCUCCUGGUUGGAGGAUGAACUCAGGGGCCUUGGGGAAGCAGCAGGGCAUCUCGGGGACAGGGUGGAGCAGAGUUUGCGCGAAUUCGGGGAAGGUUUUAGACGUGACAUUCGGACACUGGUGGCCUCACAAGAGGCCCUCUCCAUCAGCCUACAGCAGAACAACGUGCUUCUGCAAAGGCUGCUGGGAAUUCUUGAAACACAGCAGCAACAACAACAGCAGCAGCAACAACAACAACAGCAGCAGCAGCAGCAGCAACAACAACAACCGCAAGCCCAACACCAAGGCAUUCAUCCACCUGUAGUUGUGCCACCCAUACCGGCACCACCUGACAUUCUGGAUGGUACUGUCCAGCCAGAUCCAUCAGUACCAAUGGCUGGUAGAACCCAGCGUCCACGACGGGGAAGGACUGGUGACCAGAGACGAAGGCGAAGGCGCUAAAUACAAAAAGCUUAAAAGAAAAAAAAAAAGGCUUUAAAUAUUAGUAAUAUACUUCUUUAGAAAUAAAGUUGAAAUUAAUUAUUAGGUUACCCCAGAAUUACCAAAGUUAUGUCUUCUCAGCCCACGAAUGCCUUGGAGCGGUGUAGAUGGAUCCACUUGAAAAGUAAAUCCCAUCUUUAAAGUACCAGUACUGACAAACAAUGUCUAUUCAAAUCCAUUAAGACCACAAGCUCGCAGUAAUAUUUUCCUUAUUGUUGAUAGACAAUCAAAAUUGUGUUGAUUCACGAUACAGAGAUAUUAUGAAAUUGGAAAUAUGUUUUCCCAUUUUAUAUGCACUUGUGUAAAGGUCUGAUUUAGAAACGCACUUUAGCCGCUGGUUUUCAUAAUCUUACUUUCAUAUCUUCAAUUUCUGAAACAGAAAUGUGCCAGUUACAUUGUAUGCGCUGUUAUCUUGCAUGCAUGUUUCUGAUUGGAGAAAAUAAAAUGCAAGGGAUCUACAGAUCAAGCUCAGCAUUGUUGUACUAUUUUGCACAAUUUAUAUCUUGUAAAUAUUUAAAGGAUGUGUUCUGUCAAAGUGUAUUAUAUGAUUAUCUUAAUGUAAAUAAAGACAA